AUGGCUGAUUCAGAAGAAAAUAAUGCUUUGUUUCCAAUUUUCAUCUUAUCGAUGAUUGCUCUGCCUUUGGUUCCUUACACCAUAUUGAAAUUAUUCCGUGCUGCCUCGAAGAAAGCAAAGAGCAUCCACUGUGGUUGUUCUGAUUGUACUCGGUCAGGGAAGUACCGUAAAUCAGUUUUUAGUAGGAUUACAAAUGUCUCAACGUGUGGUAAUUUUACUCUGGUACUGCUGUGGGUCAUCGUGGUGUUUCUUGUUUAUUACAUAAAGAACAUGAGCAACGAGAUUCAGGUCUUUGAGCCGUUCAGCAUUCUUGGGUUAGAGCCUGGAGCAUCAGAUUCUGCAAUCAAGAAGGCUUAUAGGAGACUUUCCAUACAAUACCAUCCUGAUAAGAAUCCUGACCCAGCUGCUCAUAAGUUCUUUGUGGAGUCGAUAUCCAAAGCUUACCAGGCUUUGACUGAUCCAAUCUCUCGGGAGAAUUUUGAAAAAUAUGGCCAUCCUGAUGGUAGGCAGGGAUUUCAAAUGGGGAUUGCUCUUCCUCAAUUUCUUCUUAAUAUUGAUGGUUCAUCUGGAGGGUUAUUGCUGUUGUUGAUUGUUGGCAUAUGUAUAUUGUUGCCACUUGUGAUGGCCGCUGUGUAUCUAUCAAGAUCUUCAAAAUAUACUGGAAAUUUUGUCAAGAAUGACACUCUGGCUGCCUAUUUUCAUUUGAUGAAACCUUCAUUGGCACCGAGCAAAGUCAUGGAGGUCUUCAUUAAGGCCGCUGAGUUCUUGGAAAUUCCUGUUCGAAGGUCGGACGAUGAACCUCUUCAUAAGCUCUUCACGGCUGUAAGAAGUGAACUGAACAUAGACCUGAAAAAUAAUAAAAAGGAACAAGCAAAAUUUUGGAAGCAGCAUCCUGCUCUUGUGAAGACGGAGCUGUUAAUUCAAGCACACUUGUUGCGAGAAACGGCAUCUUUAACUCCAGACUUGGAACGUGAUUGCAAGCAUAUGCUGGAAAUUUCGCCUCGCCUCCUUGAAGAGCUAAUUAAGAUGGCAAUCAUUCCACGCACCGCUAAGGGGCACGGCUGGCUUAGGCCUGCGAUAGGAGUUAUUGAACUUUCACAGUGCCUUGUUCAGGCUGUUCCCCUAAGUGCUAGGAAGGCAGGUUCUGCUGAUGGAAACGCUCCCUUUUUACAGCUUCCGCAUUUUAAUGAUGAUAUAAUUAAAAAAAUUUCCCGAAAGAAAGUGCGCAACUUUGAAGAUUUUCAACAACUGCCCGUUCACGAACGAGCAGAGUUACUCUCCCAGGUAGCCGAUUUCUCCCCUCCCGAGAUCCUGGACGUCGAGAAGGUCAUGGACCUGAUCCCAUCCCUCUCGGUCGAGCUCACCUGGGGGACCCACGGUGAGGAAGGCGCCAUACAGGAAGGUGAUAUCAUCACCUUCCAAGCCUGGGUCACUCUGAAACGUCCCAACGGCCUCAUAUCCGCAUUUCCCCACGCCCCAAAAUACCCUUUCCCCAAGGACGAAAACUUCUGGCUUUUGCUGGCGGACCCCGCCUCGAACUCCGUGUGGUUCUCCCAAAAGUUGAGCUUCAAUGAUGAGGCAGGCGCGGUUGGUGCCGCCUCGCUGGCUGUCGAGGAGCAGAUGGAGGCGGCCGGGUCAAGCCCGGGGGAGACGAGCGCGGCCGUGAAGGAGGCGGCCGAGAGAGUCCGGGCCGGGGCCCGACUGGCCAUGGGCAGGUUCUUGGCUCCGGCAGAGGGGAGCUACGGGCCGGUGUGUUAUGUGCUGAGCGACUCGUGGAUUGGGGUCGAUGUGAAGUCGGGCCUGAAGAUGAAGGUUGUGAGGAGGACGCGGGCCGGGUCGCGCGGUGGGUCGGGACCCUUUUUGGAGAAUGGGGCGGAGGAUGAGGAAGAGGAGGAGGAGAUGGAGGAGGAGGACGAGGAGGAUAUCGAGAGUGAGUACAGUGAGGAUGAAGAGGACAAGGGUAAGGGUAAAAAUGGAAAUAAGAAAGGGAGAGGUGGCGGGAAGAAGAGGGUAGAGUCGAGUGAGGAGGAGAGUGAAGAUAGCUCGGAUGAUGACUGA